AUGUCGGUCUCACCGUCCAGCUCUUCGCCGCGCAAGGCAUUACAUGAGCGUAGCAACUCUCAAAAUAACCGUCUCGCAAUUCGAGUAGUUCCUUACAGCCCCCCUCGCGUUGCUUCGGAUGGUACCAUCACGUCCAAGACUGUUACACAUGCUGGUGCGAGUACCGAGACCGAUGGAGAGCUCGAUCAGACACGUUCCUCGACGGCGCAUUCCUCAAGUUCUUACUCUGAAACACCAACACCAUCCCUGCAGAGAACCCGGACUCGAACUAAUACAGUGCAUUCUCCAUCACCAUUGAAGCGUCCUUCUCGAUAUCCGUCCUCAGAGUUCGAACAUGGAUCUUCCCCCUGGGCGCCGCAUUAUGAUACCGAUGCUGAUGAUCAUACUUCUUAUGCUUCACGCCCACCUUCCCGUGGGCCCUCAGCAUCACCAAGGCCUGCCUCUCGUAAGAAGGUUAUCCAUGUUAACGCCGAUAAAACCUUUUCCAUACAGCCUCAACAUGCUUCGAUGUCGUCAAGAGUCGAAUCUCUCUGGUCUCUACCUCCAUCAUUCACCACUGGCAACACUUCUUAUGGUCGAGGAUCAAUGGGCACAAUCGGUGAUGAUCGCCACAGCCGUCCAACAUCACCUUUGACUCCUCUUACGGAACGAGACCCCAGUUCUCCAGUUGUUUCGUCUCGCCUUCAAGCUCCGUCUACCCCUGAUAACUCAUCACCAUGGAACUACCGCUUGUUUGGAGGUCUGCGUAAAGUGCCUAAAACUCCCGAUGUGAAGCAAAAGCAGCCCCAGACACAAGACUACCCACCUGAGCUGCCUCUACCUACCCUGCCUGAGGUUGAUCUUCCCAAUCCUGAGACCGGUUCGUCCUCUCAGUGGCUCAAUCAAAAAUCGUAUCAAUCCUCGUUGUCAUCACAAACCAGAUCAACUUUAUCUGAGAGAACCAACAUCAAAACCUACGGGCACAGCUCUCCUGCUAACAUUGCAGACCUAACUAGCCUGCCGCCUUCGUCAAUUCGUUCCAACGUCGAACUGAUCGGUUACCCUUCCUCAGCAGAGGCCUCUCUGUAUGCCAGUACUCGUCCGCAAACCGAAGACAGCAACGCCAACUUCGUAACCCACGGCGGCCACUCAGCUUCCUCCUCUAUCGUUGCUGUCAGACAACGUGUGGCCCCGGAAUUUUCUCAAGAAAGCUUGGUUGUUCCUCCUCUGCGUCCACGAAAGAGGAGCUCUUCGGAAAGCUUUGCUCUUGCUGCGCGUCGAUCCCGUGAAACCCUCCGAUCACGAUCCGCUUCGAUAACCUCAUUGUCGACCAUCUUCACUCAAGAGGCUACGCGCGCCUUAUUCGUCGGACCACCAACAAUUCUGCAACAGGUGGGUCCAUCCUGGCAGGACCUGCAGAACCGGUCGCAAUCUCGUGGUCACCAAUGGAGUGGCCAGCUGUCGACAGUGAUGUCAGAAAGUGAGGGGGGUAGCGAGCCUGCCUCCCGGGCUCUGUCACUUUCUUCUGCUCCUGGCCGACGUGGCAGUGGCGUAGGAAGCAGAGACAGCAGACAUGUCCUAAGCAUGACUUCUUCACUUUUCGGCCUCGAAGAGCACGUCGAAAGCCCUUCCCAUUCAAGAAGUAAUUCGAUGGAAUCCCCCGCUGCAACGUACGCUCGAAACACACCACGCGAUCCAGUAACUGGUACUAUUCGUUUGGUCCGCGAUCAUGAUGAAGACGGCGAUGGUCUCGCUGAUUUAGGUCUUCACCAUCGUUCAUCGCGAACCCGGAUGGGAAGAUUUUUGUCAAGUUAUGCCUCGGAUCGUAGUCUUAGAUCAUCUGCCAGCUUCAAUGCUGCUGUCCCUGCCUGGGCUAGGGUUUACUAUGGCAGUGGCGAGCGCAAAUGGCUGGCUGCCCAACCUUCUAUGGACUCCAUGUACUCUGACUACAGUGACGGCCAGCCACUAGAGGCACAACUCAGUCGGUCGCCUAGCCAGGAUGCAAACGUUACGAACAUACGCGUCCCUAGACGACGACCCCGCGACCAUUUCCCCCGACAACCUUCAAAUGCAGGCUCUAUGGAUAUCAGCUCAACACCAGCUCAUCCUGUCAUGGCAGUUGUACGCAACAUCAAGAAGCAAACCUCCAGCAUCUGGUCACCUCAUCUGGCUCGAGACCGGCGACCUGUUGAGCAUAGUAUUUGGGAGCCUCCGGCAGCCGAGUGGGAAGCACAGAGCGAAUUGACAGGGCGACGCAACGCUCAGGUUACUAUGUUUGUUGUGGGAUUCAUUUUCCCAUUAGCUUGGAUGUUUGCCGCAUUCAUUCCCAUCAAGCCGGCUACUCCAUCCAACGAUAUUGAGCGGAACGAUAGCUCGACCAAGCUGGACAAACAAAACAGCCAAGAUGAUGCUGUUUUCACAAGUGCUAUCUGGUGGAGGAAGGUCAACCGAGGCAUGUCCAUCAUUGGCUUGCUCAUCCUUGGUGCCGUCAUCGCACUCAUUGUGAUUGGCGUCCAACAACGCUGGGGACAUUGA